AUGUACACCAGACUAAUUUACGAGAACCAGUCCAUAUUUGCCCUCUCCAUUAGAGACAGUCUCUUAAAGGUUAUCCCACAUGGAAGUCUCCUGCUUGGACUAGCGAGUAUCAGCUUCAUUCUCGAGAAAAACCCAGUGAAUGGGUCGUCAGUCAAGAAAAAUGUUUCCACUGCCAUUAAAGUAUCUUCGGCAGCUCCACAACAUCCACCGGAAUUUUCGGGUCUUGGGAGAUUGCAAGAUAUCGCAGUUGUGUUGGCUUUACAUAUUCGAGCUGAUAUGCUCCUAGCCAACGCGAACUCCUGUACAGCACAAAUGUGUGAGCAGAGUGUACGUCCGUGGUUCGCACAGAACGUCAGCUGUUCUGUGGUCAAGUUUAACUGUUAUCGACAAGGAGUGGCGAGUCCAGCAGAAGACGCUCUCGGUGGUUUGGAGCGCAAUGCACUGGCGUCGAUUAUCUUCGAACACUGCUCCGAAUUUAGGAUGCCCUCUUCAAUACGAGAGUUCCCAAAUUUACUGGGACUCGAGCUCUGGAACGUGACAAUCGUCAAUUGGGGAAUCGAAGCUGCGUUGAAUGCAAAUUUGCAUCCGAAAAUGGGGUUUCUCGUUAUGGUACGAGUAAACAUGACGGAACUGCCGGAAGGUGUGCUGACUACUCCACUGCCCUACCAUCUCACCGACUUUGAGAUCGUAUUAUCAAAUCUCUCUAGAAUUCCUGAUGCAGUGUCCGAAGCUUGGAUAAACGCAGAGACAUUGUAUUUUGAGCAUGCAUCACUCGAAACGUUCCCUACAACCCUCUUUUGUCUUCCUGUUGUCGAAGUUUCUCUAGUAAAUAAUAAUCUGAAGACUCUACCCGACGACCUCUUUUCAUCAGAUAUUUACCCGAGUUUUUAUACUACGCUGGCGCUUUCGUACAAUCCACUACCAGUUCUCCCCGAAGCGGCGAAAGAGAGCCUGAUUAUUUUGGAACUGUGGUUACCUUAUACUACUAUUACCACACUGCCUUCCUGGACCGUAACAAUAGUUGGAGAUCUGAUUGAAGCAGGAAAUUCACCGGUUUGUGAAGACGAUACAACUCAGCUGCUCGAUAUUGUAGAGUGCUCAAGUACUGAAUGGAAUCCGCUUGAGAAUGGGUUCUACCCUUUAAGUUUCGUGGAACCAACUCGACAACUAUAG